CACAUAUUUUUUAAUUCGAAUGCCACCUUAACACCACGUGGAGCAAAAACGGGUGAAUACCGUCACGUAGGCGCCACGUCAGCGAUACCGCCCUCUAAAACCAUAAAAGGAGUCAAAUUGCACCGGUUUUAAUAGUUAGGGGUCCAGACAUCUGGAAUUGUCGUUCAGGGAUACGAAUCUGAUUCGGUUACCAGUUUAGGGAGUCAAAGUGGACUUAUUCCAAAGGGGAAACCCAUCGUCCAAAAAGCCCUUCCCAACGCCCAGUUAGGUCAUCUAAAGCCCAUGAGCUUUUUGGCCCAUAACCAACCGACUAACGCCCACAAAGCCCACGACUCCCACCUCUUCCUCCACACCCAACCCAACCCGAGACACCGACGCCAACUCAAACCCCUUCGAAAACCUCCUCCUCCUCCCCCACCUCUUCCGCCUCGCCGCCGAAACCCUAACCCUAGCCGCCGCCGGCCGCCAUGUCGAACCCGAAGGGCUCCAAGAUGCUCCAGUUCGUCAACUACCGGAUGCGCGUGACGAUCCAGGACGGGCGCCAGCUGGUCGGCAAGUUCAUGGCGUUCGACCGCCACAUGAACCUCGUCCUCGGCGACUGCGAGGAGUUCCGCAAGCUCCCGCCCUCCAAGUCCUCCAAGACCACCGGCGAGCGCGAGGAGCGGAGGACGCUGGGCCUCCUGCUGCUCCGCGGCGAGGAGGUCGUCUCCAUGACCGUCGAGGGCCCGCCACCGCCCGACGAGUCCCGCGCCAAGGCCGCCGGCGCCGGCGCGGCGAUGGCGGGGCCCGGGGUGGGCCGCGCCGCCGGCCGCGGCGUCCCCGCGGGGCAGAUGCUCCAGGCCCAGCCAGGGCUCGCCGGCCCGGUGCGUGGCGUGGGCGGGCCGGCCCCCGGCAUGAUGCAGCCGCAGAUCUCGCGCCCGCCGAUGCCGAACCUCUCGGCGCCGCCGGUCGCGUACCCGCAGGUCGUGCGCCCGCCGCCGGGGCAGAUGCCGCCGCCCAUGCGGCCGCCGCAGAUGCCGAUCCCGUUCCAGCGCCCGCCGGGCGUGCCACCGGCGUUCCCUGGUGGCCCUCCGCCGCCUCCUGGCCCGUUCAUGAGGGGACCACCGCCGAUGGGCCCGCCGCAGGUGAGGCCUGGGAUGCCUGGAGGACCGCCGCCGGGGAUGAGGCCAGGGAUGCCGCCUCCGCCCUUCAGGCCUGGGAUGCCACCGCCGCCUCCCGGUCCGCAGCAACCUGGACAAAACCCUCCGCAAUAGCUUUGCUGGUUGUUCUUGCUAUACCAACUAUGGAAGAUUCACCGGUGCCACCUUUGCUUCACUGUUCUAUCUCAUAUUGGGGUUACAAGUAGUUUUCUUGCGGUAUCAGCUCAGAGAAGAGAUAUUAAUCCUUUUAUUAUCAGUGGAGCACUCUUGUUUCUAUGCGAGGGGACUGUACGUAGAUGUUAAGAGUUAGGGACUUGGAUAGCCUGUUUCAUCGUGUGUCCUGAUAGCUGUUGUACUCGACUACUCGUCUUGUGUUUUUUGAUAUCCAGCAUAAUUAACUUGAGCUCGUCAAUUGCUUUGCUUGCUUGA